AUUUACAUAUGUUUGUUCGUUCAACGAGAGAUCAUAUGUAUGUAUGUAUGUAGGAAGCGAGCCUAUUGAAGUUAGCCGAAAUUCGCAAUGCAAGUAUAAUAUCUCGUUGAACGAAUAAUAGUGUAUUUGCAUCAAAAAUUAAUUUUAUAAUGAAAUAUUUAGCAAAAAUAAAAAAUGGUCUGGCAGAAAAAUCAUUACAGGUUAUUUAAGUUACAUUUCGUGUAUUAUUGUUCUUAUUAUUUAUAUACAAUAUAGUUUGAUGUAAAAGAGUAACUUUUACAUGAACUAAAAAACACUUGUACCAUGUUGCACGAAAUAUUGUUGUCGCUAUGGGGAUGUUCAACUAAUGCUUUACAAAUAUUAGAAAGUGGUACUAUAGAUCUUGAAAAAUAUUUACAUCCUGGAGAACGUGUGUUACUUAAAAAGAUAUUGGAUAUAGUUGAACAAUGUAAUGUUAUCAGAAAUUUUAUCCAAGAAUGUACUGCAUUAGAUAGUUCAACAUCCAGUGAGGAAUUACAAAAUGUGCCUCAAGGUCUAUAUUUACAGGCUCUUUGCGAAGGAAUGGAUCAAGCUUUAGAACCAUUUCGUGAUGAUAUUGUUGAUUUAGAAAAUGUAGUUCUUCAUGAUAGUUAUACUCCAUUGUCAUUAAUUCUUUGUCGUGUUCAAAAAUAUGUAUGUUUAUUUUCUGUUUUAAAUUCUAUAAUACAGGAGAUUCGCACACAAAAAAUACAAGGUUGUAAACUUCUGCAAUGUUUGCAUCAAAAUAUGCACACUGGUAUUCCAGAAGUAAAAUUGGCUUUAGAAAAGAUGGCUUAUUGUGUACACGUAGUUUUUUAUAAGCACUUAACAAGUUGGCUUUUGUAUGGUCAUUUAGAAGAUAUGUACAAUGAAUUUUUCAUUCAAAAAGUGUCAGAAGGACAAAGUAGUUUAAUACUAGUAGGUAAUAAAAAUAAUUGUACGGAGUCAAUAAACGCAAAGUUUGAUGUAGAUAUGUGGAAUUAUGAUAUUCGAAUAGAUAUGCUUCCUUCUUACAUUAGACCAUCCUUAGCAACUAAAAUUUUGACCAUAGGUCAAACUAUUAUAAUGUUUGGAAACGAUCCAAGGCAAAAGAAAGAUUUUUCUACCGUUGAUCAGAUAGAAAACCCUAUAUGGGGAGAUAAGGAAUAUGAAUAUUUUCUUAAAUUGCAAAAUCUUCAGAAAAAAUCUAUUUUUAAUAUUGUUGAAUUUGAACAUACAAUCGAUGAAUUAAAACAAUGUAUAACAGAACUCUUGUGGCGAGUUGCUGUCGAAGAAGCACAGCUUGUACAACAACUUAAAUUAGUGAAGGAUUUUUUUCUUAUAGGAAGGGGUGAUCUGUUUCUUGAAUUCAUUAGACUUACUGCACAUAUAUUAAAUAAGCCACCAACAAAUCAUACAUCUAGAGAUAUCAAUUUAGCUUUUCAAAUAGCGUUAAGAAAAAUGCAUUUAAAUGAUGAAAAUGCUAUGGAUAGCUUUAAUUUUAUAGUACCAGUAUCAGUAGAAGAGAGCGAAGAUGUUGAAGCAGAAGGUACGGAAUUUACUGAGAAAGAACGCGAAGAUCCCAUCGAAAGACGUGGAUGGGGUAUGGUUAUUUUGAAGUACAAAGUCAUAUGGCCAUUACACUUAUUAUUUAAUCCAUCUUCUUUAAAUGAUUAUAAUACAUUAUUUCGAUUUUUGUUAAGAGUGAAAAAAACACAAAUUGAUUUAUGGAAUCUUUGGAGUGAGCAUAUGUAUUAUAAAAAUAUCGAUAUUGGUGUAAUUCAGUUAAGAAACAAUUUAAUUUUUAUUAUUGAUAAUUUACAAUACUAUUUACAAGUAGAUGUAAUAGAAAGUCAGUAUACAAUAAUGGAAGCAAAUAUGAAGAAUACUCGAAACUUUGAAGAUGUACAGAAAGCACACUCUAUUUUUUUGGCUAAUGUUAUGUCACAAACAUUUUUGUUAGGAAAUUCAACAGAAAGGAAAAAUCCUGUAAAUAAAUUAAUAAAACUUCUACUACGGCUUUGUGAUGAUUUUAUCUUGCAAGCAUCAAUGUGGGAAGUUGGUAAUUUACUUUUAACGGAAAAACAAGAACUUAAAACAUUAUCUGAUACUCUUGAGAGUUUAAUGGGCUGGUUAACUAAAACAUUGAACAGAGUACGUGCGCAACCAAGUGGAGAACACUUAGCUCAAUUAUUAUUGAGGCUGGAUUUUAAUAGAUGGUUUAGUAAAAAGAUUUGAACAAAAAAUGGACUGCUUAAGUACGAGUUGUAAGAAGGUAAUGCAAGAACAUAUGACGACAUAUUUAUGAUAGUUUAUUUGAAAAUUAUUUUUUUACUUGCAUUUAAGUAUUAAAUGUGCAUCAAACUCAGUUUGUUAUAUUUUGUAAUAAGUAGUAAUAACUUGAAAGCUAGUUUUUUAAUUAUUAAAAUAGUAUGCUUAAGAAGAAUAUGCUUAAUGAAUUUAAUGAUAAUUCUGCACAUAAAUGUAGCAUAUAAACAAUAUGAAAAUAUAUUUUUACAUUGUUUAUUAAUUGGAAAUAAAUUAUCAUUCAGUACAAUGUUAUGUAAAAGUUUUAUUAUUUUCAGGAUUUUAAUAGUAAUUUAUGCAAUAAAUAUGAAUAUAAAAAACUUUAAUACUUUUUCUAAUAAUAUUGUACAUAAUGUACUAUUAUACUCCUGAUAUCUGGCUAUAAUUUUUUUUAACGCCUUCUAAAAUACACAUUAAAACGAUAUAUUACUUUAUUAAAUUUAAUCGCUUUCAUCAUUAUAAUCAUCAUCUGUGUAUCCAUAUAUUUUGUUGGAAUGAAGUCGACUUAAUUGUAUCGCAUUUUUAAUUGAGAGAUCAGAAGAUAAUUGUUCAGGCAUUAAAUCAUCAUUAUUUUUUAUCAUUGGAUCUGCACCAGAUUUUAACAACAAAUUAACUGUGUCUAUGUGUCCACGACUUGCUGCUGCAUGUAAUGGAGUUUCUCCCAUUUUAUUCUGUAAUAAAAGUGUAUAUGAAAAAAGUGACAUGACAAAAACAACGAUACUACAAAUAUUAUACUUACUUGGGCAUUAACCACAGAAUUUGGUAAUUUUAAAAGCUCUUUUACACAGUCUAAAUGACCAGCACGUGCAGCCCAAUAUAAGGAAGUAUUACCCAUUGCAUCUAAACCUGUACCCGAAACUCCUUCUUUUAUGUAUUCUUUUAACAAUGAAAGAUUUCCCCGUCUUGCAGCAUCAUGUAAUGGCAAUUCAAUUUCUUCAGUUUGUUCUUCAACUACAUGCAGAAUCAUAUUAUUUCUCUGAACUUAUUUACAAAAGUAGUAAAUAAUAAAAUUAAAUAUCAUAUAUAUAUAAUAUUAAACUAACCAUAAUUAGCAGGUACAAGACCCUCUUGAGUUCCACACUUUGCUCUCCACCAAUUUGGUUCUACAUCUUUGUCGUAUACGUAAAGAAGAUCACCUGCUUCAAAGGACAAUUCAUCUACCUAUGAAAUAUUGUAUCUAUAUACAUAUAUGUGUAUUAAAAUGAUUUUUUUUUAAAUUAUAUUAUUAAUAUAUAAACGUGCUUA